AUGAAAAAUAAUUAUUUUUCUUACGAUGGCCAAUUUUAUCAUCAAAUUCGUGGAGGAGCAAUGGGUUCUCCACUUACACUUACUGUUGCUAAUUGUUAUAUGUUCUUUUAUGAACAACAAAUUAUAAAACAAAUUAACAACAGUGGCGGAUUAUAUUUUAGAUAUAUUGAUGAUAUGUUUAUAGCAAUUAAUUGGCCUGCUCGACAUUUAUUUAAACAAAUUGAUAGAUGGAAUCAUUUUGAUGAAAAUAUUAAACUAUCAGAAAAUAUUGGUUCAACAGCUGAUUUUCUUGAUUUACAUAUGGAAAACCAGGAUGGUCAGUUAAUUACGACUGUUUAUCAGAAGCCAUCUUAUGAACCGUAUUAUUUGCCGUUCAAUAGUGUACAUCCAUUACAUAUGAAAAAGAAUAUAAUUUUUACUAUGCUUCUUCGUAUUAUUAGAUACUGUUCAACCUUUCAAGCUUAUUUAGAUGAGCGCGAAAGAUUAAGACUGGCAUUAUUAUUCAAUAAAUAUCCUAAUAAAAUUAUUGAAGAAUGUUUUAAUUUUCUAUUAUUGAAAUAUAAAAUUGAUCAACCACUAAAUUUUAACAAUUAUAAUUUAAUUCGUCAAAAAAUUAUAGAAACACCUAUAAAAGAAAAAAUACCAGUGGACUAUGGUAAGACAAUGUUUAUUCAUUUUACUUAUUGUUCAAGUAUGAAAACAUUUCCAAAAAAAUUUCAUGCCCUUUGGGAUAAAUAUUUUGGUGAAUCUCCGAUUAAUGAGGUCUUACCCGUUCUUGGUACACGUAAUGUUAAAAAUUUACAAAGGCAAUUAACCUACACAAGAUAA